GUUACAACCCUCCACUACACUUUCUAUCACACAAAACCCUGGUGGAAGAAGACCAUAACAAUGUCUGACGCCGGAUCCGCUGUUUCCAACGCCGUCGAGGUCGAGCAGGUUGAGGUCGCCGAGCAGUCCGGCCCUCUUUCGGUCGAGCAGGCCCUUGAGCAGGUCAUUUCUACUGCCCUGCGUCACGAUGGCCUUGCCCGCGGCCUUCGCGAGUCGGCUAAGGCCCUUGACAAGCGCGAGGCUCACCUCUGCGUUCUCGUCGAGACCGUUACCGAGGCCGAGUACUCGAAGCUUAUUGAGGCCCUCUGCGCCGAGCACAACAUCCAGCUCAUCAAGGUCUCGGACGCCAAGACCCUUGGCCAGUGGGCUGGUCUCUCGAAGAUUGACCGUGAGGGCAACCCCCGCAAGGUUGUCGGCUGCUCGUCGGUUGUCAUCACCAACUACGGUGUCGAGACCCCUGGUCUCCAGGUCCUCCUUGACUACUUCAAGACCCGCUAAGCUCGUCCCUGCGGCCCAUUGCCUAGUUCUUUGAACUCGUCCACUCGUCUCCCCGACCUCGAUAGUUUUUACUGCGGCCUGUUUGCGGCGGAUGCAUGGCAAUGGUUGUUGGACA